UAAUAAUUGAUAUCAUUGUACCUUUUUGUUACCUUAGAUUAGAAAUAAAUUAUCUGCACCGGACGAGACCGAGUCGCUGGCUGGCCUGGUUGCGUUAAGAAAAUGAGCAAAACAUGGGUUCUGGUGGAAUGGAGGGAGGAGCCUCCCACCUAUGAUAUUGUCCCUAAAAAGGACAUACUAAAAAAAAAGUUUGAAUCUGGAGAUGUUGUGGAUGUGGCUUAUGAAGAGGAAAGUUCCCCAGCCACAGUUAUAGAUAUUGAUGAGAGCAAAGAUACCCUCAGGAGGAGGAUGUUUAGGCUAGAGGGGAAAAGAAAAAAUCAGCCAUGUUUGCAAAAUGAUGCAAAAAGAGUAGCAAAGAAAAAAAAAACGUACACUCCAACUCAGUCCCCAUCUCACUCCAAAACGUCCUCAUCUGAUCAAGAGCCUCCAGUCAAACAUCAAGUCAUCCACCGAAAGGACAGUAUGUUAAUGCAAGAGAUUAACAGCAUGGAGAGUCAAGCUGAAGAGCAUUCAAGCCGAGAAACUCAACUUGAGAGAGAAAUUCUCAAAUUAAAAAAAGAAAAUGAGAAUCUAAGAGCACUUAAUAUAGCUCUGCAACAAGAAAUUCUUCCAAUGCUCAAGUGCAGCAUGAACCAGGACACUCGUCUUGUUUCAACAACCACAAGUUGCUCAACAACCACAAGAUUCAAGUCAGAAGAAUCCUCCUGA